AUGUUCAAAAUAUUUAGACUGCUUGAGACACUAGGCCGAUUCUUUAAGAAACCACCAGCGGGGACAGGUAGGCGAAUUGCUAUGUCUCCAUUCUUUAAGAAUAUUCUAACUGAAGACGAAGAAGAGAACUUCAAAAGAUAGGAGAUAUUUUAUGAUCCACAUGCAUUUUAUUUGAGACAACAGAAAAUAUAGUCUUACUAAGAUGAACUAAUGCAGAAAAAUCAUUCAAGGCAUAACGAAAGCGGUUUAUCUGAAUUAGGUAUUUUUGAUCUCAUAAAUGUAGUGAUUACAGCCAAAAUGCCUUAAAGAAAUCAGUUGUCAAACACUGGCGAUUAUAUAAUUCACAAUUAAGAUAGCUUUCUUCAUUCAAUUCAACUUGGUAGAAAGGGAGCUGAUAAUCAUUUUUUUAGCUUAGAUGACGUUGAAUCAAUUUAUAGCUCCUUUGAAUAGGAUAUUAAUUUUGAUAUAGAGGACAGCUUAGUAUACCAGCAUUGA